UCGACGUCGUGUCUGCGACAGGGGGACACGCGCAAAGCAACAGGCUCGUGCUGCAACAUAUGCAAGACAAAAUUUCCAAAAACUCACUCCUCGCAAAGGUCUCGCUGCUGUCGACGAAGAUAUGCGCGCAGAAACGGAUGGAAAGAGGGCGAGGAAGAGGUAUAUAAAGCAAGCACAGCGCUCGUCUUCCUCCUCCUUCAACACACGUACAACCCAUCAUGACAGUCCAAACCAUCCCCAUCGACGCCGUCCUGUUUGACAUGGACGGCACCCUCGUCGACACCACGCCCGCCUUGACGGCCGCCUGGGCCGAGUUUUCGGAAAAGUACAACCUGGACUACAACCACGUCGUCAACACCUGCCACGGGCACCGUGCAGUCGAGAACAUGAAGCGUUUCAUCCCGCACCUGAGCCAGGAGGAGGCCGAAGCGGAAGCGGCGCGAUUCGAGAACCGCAUCAUCGAGAUCGCCGCUGCUGCCAAGCGCCAACGCAACGUCGAGGGCCAGAUCACACCGAUUCCCGGUGCCCAACAGCUGAUCGAGGAGAUCGCCAAGGACAGGCCGGCGUCUGCUCAGAACCCUGGUUGGGCCAUUGUCACGAGCGCUGGACAAGACUACGCCGAGCGCGUCUACGGUGCCGCCGAGGUUUCCUCGCCGCCCAAGACGUUUGUCACGGCGGACCAUGUGACCAAGGGCAAGCCGGAUCCUCAGCCAUACCUGAUGGGCGCCGACCUCGUGGGCGCCGAUGCGAGCCGCUGCGUCGUUGUCGAGGACGCUCCCGCCGGUGCCGUGGCUGGCAAGCGAGCUGGCGCCAAAGUCAUCGGCCUGCGCACGACGCACGACGAGCCCGAGCGACUGUGGGACGUGGGCGCCGACUACGUCGUCAAGGACCUGUCGCACGUGCAUGCCCGCUGGCAGGGCGAGCAACUCAUGCUUGACAUUGACACCGAGGCCAAGCCGCCGUCCGCCGUCCACGCCAGCCUCUGAGUUGGUACUGUAUUCUAGUGUCUCUCACCACAUUCUCUCAUAGACUACGUAAGAUUAGACUGCCUCAUAUAGACUUCAAGAACUUAAUCUCAUUCAAUGGCGUGCCAAGUAAAUACAAGCGAUGGAAGAGAGAAGGCCUUUAUUACUAAGC